GGCGGCGCGCGGUGGCAGCGCUUCUCCCGGAGGCGGACGUCAGGGCGCUGAGAUUAGUUGACUAAAAGGCCGCCUCUGCAGCCGGCGCAGCCCCUGAGACUUGGCCGGACCGCUGUCGCCGCCGCCAUGGCUCAGUACAAGGGUGCCGCGAGCGAGGCGGGCCGCGCCAUGCACCUGAUGAAGAAGCGGGAGAAGCAGCGCGAGCAGAUGGAGCAGAUGAAGCAGAGGAUCGCGGAGGAGAACAUAAUGAAAUCCAACAUUGACAAGAAGUUCUCUGCGCACUACGAUGCCGUGGAGGCGGAGCUCAAGUCCAGCACCGUGGGUCUUGUGACGCUGAACGACAUGAAGGCGAAGCAGGAGGCCCUGGUGAAGGAGCGGGAGAAGCAGCUGGCGAAGAAGGAGCAGUCGAAGGAGCUGCAGCUGAAGCUGGAGAAGCUGCGCGAGAAGGAGCGCAAGAAGGAGGCCAAGCGGAAGAUCUCCAGCCUGUCCUUCACCCUGGAGGAAGAAGACGAGGCAGGCGAGGAGGAGGAGGAGGUGACCAUAGACGAGGAGGAGCUGGAGAGGGAAGAGAUCACCGCAAAGAAGAGGAAACUGGGGAAGAACCCAGAUGUGGACACGAGCUUCUUGCCUGACCGAGAUCGGGAGGAGGAGGAGAAUCGGCUCCGGGAGGAGCUACGGCAGGAGUGGGAAGCCAAGCAGGAGAAGAUCAAGAGCGAGGAGAUCGAGAUCACCUUCAGUUACUGGGAUGGCUCUGGGCACCGGCGCACAGUCAAGAUGAAAAAGGGCAACACGAUGCAGCAGUUCCUGCAGAAGGCCCUCGAGAUCCUGCGCAAAGACUUCAGCGAGCUCAGGUCGGCAGGGGUGGAGCAGCUCAUGUACAUCAAGGAGGACCUAAUCAUACCCCACCACCACAGCUUCUAUGACUUCAUCGUCACCAAGGCGCGAGGGAAGAGCGGGCCCCUCUUCAAUUUCGACGUUCACGAUGACGUGCGGCUGCUCAGCGACGCCACCGUGGAGAAGGAUGAGUCGCACGCGGGCAAGGUGGUGCUGCGGAGCUGGUACGAGAAGAACAAGCACAUCUUCCCUGCCAGCCGCUGGGAGCCCUACGACCCUGAGAAGAAGUGGGACAAGUACACGAUCCGGUGAUGGGGCAGCAGCGCGGCCCCAGCUCCUCCGGCUCCCUGCGGCCCCCUCCCUACGUCCCCAGGAUUCCGGGCGCCCGGCUCCCCGCUCCCGAGACGUGACGGGACCUGCUCAGCCCCUGCCCCUGGCGCUGUUGUUUACCGCCUUUUUCUUUUACGACAAAGAGAUACACGCGUCAGAGCUGGA